AUGUCUUCGAGUGCUCUGAAUGUGUAUGGUGACCAAAAUAUACUAGUACCAGCGCAUCUACACUUUGGCAAAUAUUUACUGAACCAUGUGAAAAAUGUACAGGACACGGUUGCGUUGGUACAUGCGGAAAGUGGAGAACAGAUUACAUACAAGGAGCUCACUCAAUGCGCCGUGAACCUGGCGAGCGAGCUGAUGAAGUUGGGGGUCGGGCGAGGGGACAUUGUCGCUCUGGGCACAGAAAAGCGCAAUGAAAUUGCGCCAAUCGUGCUAGCUGUUUUAUUGACAGGGGCUGCUUAUACCACUUUUAAUUUAUACAAUGGCAAAUCCACAUUGAAACACAAAUUGUCAAUUGCUCGACCGAACUAUUUCAUAUACUCCAAACUAUUUUGGGAGAGAUACAGUGAUCUUUUAUUAGCAUCUGAUUCCAUUGAAACAUUGAUGACAUUAGACGUUGAAAUUACAAAUGUUCCUUGCAUAAAAACAUUCAUGAAUUGCUACGUUGAUAUUAAUAGUUUUGAGCCGGCUGAGGUGAAGGGACAGAUAGAUACAGCAAUAAUUUUUUACUCGUCGGGAACCACAGGUCUACCGAAAGGGGUGUGCUUUACGCAUUUGAAUUGUAUUUUAAACUUAAUACCUUUUAUCUUGGACUAUGGAUCAUUACAAAAGUUUUUAACAUGUGGAGAAUGGUAUCACACUUAUGAUACUUUUUCAGUAUUCAGAUAUUUAAGCAUUGGUAAAACAAUUAUAUAUGUAACAAAGGUUACAGCCGAAAACAUACUAAAAAGUAUAAAUGAAUAUAAGAUUGAUAUGGCAAUGCUAACAACAAAUCUUAUAGAUGAUUUGUGCAAAAUUUGCGAUACCGACUAUUACUCGGAAACUAUGAAAGUAAUUUAUAACGUAGCGGCACCUCUACAUAAUAGAACGGUCGAAAGUAUUAAAAAAAGAUUUCCGAACUUGAAAGAAGUAUUUAAAGGUUAUGGAAUGACGGAAUGCGGAGAUAUAACUUCAGAAAAUUGGGGCACGAAAGGACCAAAGUCCGGCAGUGUCGGCGUGGUUUCACCUGGAAUUGUUUUAAAGGUUACAGAUCCUGUUACGGGCAGAACACUUGGUCCAAAUGAAAGGGGUGAAAUACGCGUCAAAGGCCCCGGACUUAUGAAAGGCUACAUCGGAAUGGAUCCUUCCACGUACUUGGAUGAGGAUGGCUUCCUUAAAACUGGCGAUUUGGGAUACUACGAUGAUGAUAAAUACUUUUAUAUCGUUGAUAGGAUUAAAGAAAUUCUUCGCUAUGAUGGUUUUCAGAUUUCACCAUUAGAAUUGGAAUCAAUACUACAGAUGCACCCAGAUGUGCUAGAAGUUGGCGUGGUCGGUAAACACAGUGAGGAACAUGGCGAUUUGCCUACAGCAUUUGUCGUUACAGUGCCUGGUGCUAAGGUCACUGAACAGGAAUUGAUCAAUUAUAUGGAUGGUGAGGUACCGCCAUUUAUGCAUCUAGCGGGUGGAGUGAAAUUCGUCACAAAACUGCCAAGAACUCCCCUGGGAAAAAUUCUGCGCCGUGAAUUAGGAGAAAUGUUGAAAAAUGAAAGGAUUAAAAAAAAAAAUCUUUAUUUGGGAUAAUUUGUAACAACGAUAUAUUUUUUAUACCCAGUUCAGUUCUCAGACAAAACUUUAGAUAUAUCGUCAUUGGACAGAUGGCCUCAGUCGGCCGAUUACACGUUAGUUUACUACAUAAUUACCUAUUGUAUAAUAUUAUGUUUUAUGCACUUAUUUUUUUACUUAAGUUCUUCAA